AUGUGAGUGCUGGGGCCCAAGCACUUGGGCCAUCUGUGGUAUGGGAGACAGGGGUGGUGGGAGCACCAGUAAAGACCUCUUCACCUGGGCCCUGGGGAGAACACAGGCCCCACUUCUGGUGACCUUUAAUGAAGCCAGGCCUGAGGACCCUGAGCCCUGCCACAGCAGAGCCACUAGGGAUUGGCUGGCAGGCUUCUGUGAUGUCACAGUCACUGAGAUGCGCACUCUGGGCUGGGAGGCGACCAGAGGCCAGUAGUGCGUCUACUGCCCAACUGACCAGUUGGUAGUGUAGGCAGCAGGCGCAUUUCAGAGAAUCACAUGGAUUCGCGAUGGAGAUUGGAUAUGAAUGCCCUGAGGUCCCGGAGGGCCCAGGAGCGAGCAGAGCUCAUCAAUAAAUAUGAGCAGGGAUGCCGAGGAGCGGCACUGUUGGUGCCCGAAGAAGAGGACGAUGAGGGCGGCUGCCUCGUCCCAGACAGGCUUGGGUUCCUGCAUGAGCAGAAGUUGCCCCAAGACAGCACCCCGGGGGCAAAGCGUAAACAGGAGGUGGGAAGGAUCCAGAAGUGGAUAAAGAUGAUCAAGAACCAUAGUAAAUACCGCGGCAGCGACAAGUUUCAGCGCAGAAUCUACAAAGGCAUCCCUGCCCAGGUGCGCGGGAAGGUGUGGGCCGUGAUGCUGGAGGUGGACAAGAGGAAGGCCCAGAACCCGGGCAAAUACGCGGAGAUGAAAGAGCUGGCCAGGCUGGGCGCCACUCACUUCCAUCACAUCGACUCCGCCAUCGCAUGGACUUUCAGAAACCACCUCAUGUUCCGGGAACGUUACGGAAUGAACCAACAGGCCUUAUUCCACAUACUGAUGGCCUAUUCCGUCUACAAUCCUGAGGUGGGCUACAGCCAGGGUCUGAGCCAUGUGGUGGCGCUGUUUCUCAUGUAUAUGCCCGAGGAGGACGCUUUCUGGGCCCUGGUACAGCUCAUGGAAAGCAGGAAGCACGCGAUGCACGGUUUCUACAAACCAAACACCCCCAAACUGGAGCGAUUCCAGCAACACCUGGGGCUCAUUGUGCAUCGCGUGCUCCCCUCCCUGGAGAAACACCUGGAGAAGGAGGGUGUGUGCCUGGAGGAUUCCACCACCCACUGGUACAUCCAGUGCUUCCUGGAUGGGGUGCCGUUCCCCCUGGCUCUGAGAAUAUGGGAUAUAUACAUCCUGGAGGGCGAGCACGUGCUCCCGGCCAUGGCAUACACGGCCCUCAAGAUCCAUAACAAGCGCCUGCUGAAGAUGCCCCGGGACCACCUCCGGGAGUUCCUGCAGGUGACCCUGAAGCAGGCCUGGUCUCUGAGCGAGAAUGCGGUCAUCAGGCAGCUGCGGGCCUCCAUGCGUGAGCUGGGGAAGCUCCAGUGCCUCCUGCCUCCCGAAGCCAAGGCCAUCGAACAGUGCAGCAGGCCCCUGGGGCAGGCACGCGUCCCCCAGAUGCACCUUCCUGCCCCCACUGCUCCGAAGGCCAAAAUCACCAUUCAGGACACAGUGGCAGUGUGGGAGCAGACCAGGGGUCCCGCUACCCGUGCAGUGAUGAUCCGUCCUCCAGAAAGCUUUGGCCUCUGCAUCGCCGAGAGGGAAGGCAUGGAGGAGGAGGAGAGCUGGGAAGGCAGCCCAGAGCCCCUCGGCCUGGGCUCCCCUGUGGGGACCGCAGAGUCUCCAGGUUCUGCCAGCCCCACGGAGUCUCCAAAGUGCUCGAGGUGGGGAGGCCUGUGCCAGUGCGCCAGUCUCCCUAACCUGAGCGGGCCAGAGCACAGGGAGGACGACUCCUCCGACGCUGGCAGCCGGGAGGGCCUGUGGAUGUGGGCUCCUCCACGGGCCUCGGAGCACCCAGAACCAGGGCCCAUGCAGGCGGUCCCCGCCUGGGGGCCGUGGCUGAAGACUCCCCCCUACUGGCAUGGCAGCCGCACGCACUCUGGCGAGAGUCACGGGCUGGAGCCGGCCAGAGCCAGCCCUGGGCUGGGACACCAGGCCCACGUGCCCUCCCUGGCCAGAGGCCUCCUUACUUCUUAUUCUGUGGGGCACCUGGAUGAUGGGUGCCUCCUAGAAGAGAGGCCGAGUCCAGCAUCUGUCCUGCCCAGGCUGGGCAGCAGCCUUCCGUGUGUCUUCACGGCAUCCUAUACACUUGGUUGAGCCCCCACCCCCCAGGCUCUUCCUGGGGCCAGGACACCCUGACACUGGAAGACAACAGCCGUGCCAGGAGCCACUGUACUCUCCUCCCCGCCCCCUCCCCCACCGCCACCCUCAGGUGGUGCUGAGCCUGUAUUAAAUUGUUCCAUGGAAAGGAGUUUGCUCCAGUUUGUGAUCCCGGCGCCCAGCGGCAGCAAGCUUCCCCGUGUUCCUGGGGAGAUGGGUGGUUCCACAGCCCCCAGCCCCAGGCAGAGACCCACUCAGGACCCUGCAGACAAUGCCUGAGAUUCAGCUGUGCCCUGUGGGGACUGGGCCAGGGUGGGAGAGCAGCAGCCGUGAGUGCCCGUGACCUCUGGGACAGAUCGGCACAAUAGGAACAGCCGUGGUUGGAGGGCCUGUGUCACCUCUGUGCUCUCCCCUAGACCUGGGCGGCCGUGGCUGCAGCAUCCCUGGCUUGACCCCACAUGGCUCUCCCACGUGGGAGAGGAUGUGCACUGUGGGCUGGGAGGCGACCAGUGGCCAGA